AUGGAAUCCAUUCAACACAUUGCAGUAUUCAUUUCGGAUCAUGGUCUUGGGCAUCUCACCAGAUUAGCUCCAACCAUCAAUGAAUUAUCUAGAAAAUUUCCCAAUGCCCAAUUCCAUAUUAUCACCAAUGUCAACAAAUUUUUCAUUUCCGAGAGGUUGCAAGAAGUACCACGAGAACAAAUUCGUUUAUUGAAUAUCAAAAUAUCAGUUGGACUCAUUGAGGAAGAGAAUACAGUAUCGACAUGUCCUUUUAAAACAAUUGAAAAGUGGAAACAGCAUUGGGAUCAACAUUACAAGUGUUUGUAUGGAGAUGGAGAUGACAUUCAAACACCAAUCACUGCAAUGAAACAACAAGGGAAUGAUGUUGGAAAUACAAAUACUACUUCUCGUAACUCUUCAAUGGUUUUUACGAUUGAAGAAUUUUUACAACCUUUUCAAAUUCAAUUAGUGGUGUGGGACGUUCCUGAUAUUGCACCAGUCAUUGCCAAACGAUUGAAUGAAAAAUAUUCAAGAGAAGGAGGAAAAAGUAAAUGGCCUGUUUCAGUAGGAAUUUCGAAUUGGUGUUGGGAAUGGAUUUAUGAGCAUUGUAUGGACCAUUUCCCACAGGACAUACCUAAAGAUAGGAUAGUAGGCCAUAUUCAUCAAAAUCCAGUGACUUUUCAAGAACUAGAGCAGCAACAGCAAUUUAUGGUAAAACAAUCUAGAUUACUGUACAGUACUUUGGGGAAAACAGAUUUAUUUAUUCAAUUACCUUACCCAACAGAAGAAUUACCUUUCAACAGAGAUGUCACUGUUGUAAAACCUCUCGACAAUAGUUGGCCCAUUACAGAAACCAUCAAAAAAGCCAAAUUUACCAAAGAUCAAAUGAAACAGUGGAUAUUCUCGAAAUCUAGACUGGCAUCAAACAAAACGAUGGAUUUGUCACAUAUUAAGAUAAUGAUGUUUUCAUUUGGAGGUCUUAGCUUUCCAUCCUCAACACUCAUUCAAGAAAAAGAGCCCACGUGGGAGAUUCCAAACGAUUGGUUAAUCGUGGUCAUGUGUAGUUCCAAAAUUGAAGGAGAAGCACUUCCAGCCAACGUUGUGAAUUUAACAUUCUUAGAUUUGGGAAAUGAGUGCAUUGAUUUUGCACGUGAUUUAUUACUUGCUGUGGAUGUGCUUGUUGGUAAAACAUCUUAUGGAACCGUUACAGAAACGCUCUUUCAUCAAAUUCCAACCAUGUAUUUGGAGCGAUAUGGCAUGAUUGAGCACGGGUUUACAGAGAGGGCUCUCAUUGACAACCUUGGAAAAGGGUGUACCUGUAAAGUAGAAGGGGAUGAAGUGGUCAACGCUCUCCCAUCUCUGUUCCUUAAGGCCUCACAUUUAAUUGAAAGCAAAAAGCGUACGAGUUUAGAAUCCAAUGAUCAAUGCCCUCGUAGAGUGGAUCUUGAUUUUAAUGGUGGACAAAAAGCAGCUGAAAUGAUUUGCUCAUUCUUGUUGGACAAUGUGUAA